AAAGUCUACCGUUUUCGCGUGUAAAGUUGUUUGAAGGGAAGGCCGGCAUUUUCCUGGAGACGUGGGGAAGGACGUGGAAUGCUGGGAGCCUGGGAAGGCAGGCAGCGACUUUGGUCCUGGACAGCAGGCAGCUGAGCAAAGCCAAGAGGAAGCUACAGUAAUAGUCUGUACAGGACGACAUGUUCAAAGGAGCCAUCCAGACAGAGGAGGAAGCAAAGCAAAGCGAAGCGCAGAUCCGAUCGAGACUUCCAAUCAGGUUCUGAGGAGCAGAGCUCAUGGGGAUCAUGUGGAGACGGCUGGUGCUGCAGCGUCUCAAAGUUCAGCUGCAAAGUGCCACCGCUGCAUCAGUCCAUUCACAAGCACAAGCAGCGGAAGUGACGAAGCCAGCUUUGCAACCAUGGCUGGAAGCAGGGCGCCACUUCAGAGGAACGAGCGAUCUAGGCACACUCAAAUUUGGAUCAAGCUUGUAUUCAAAGGGUGCGGAAGCGUUUGGUGCAUCAAGCACGCGGGGAAGAAAAGCGAAUGAUUUAUCUGAAAUAAAACAGCAGGUUCUGCAAGCCUUGCAGGUUCUGCAAGCCUUGCAAUGCCCCCAUGUUGCUGGUUUGCCACAGGCCGCCCUGGCUGGUGGCGAUGUCAGCAGACGCGUUGCUGACAUCGUCCGUCAAUCUCCAAGUGGCAGCAUCGCUGCGCCAGCCAGGGGGCUGCAUCAUUGCAUGCAGCAAAAGCCACCAACGGAGAGCGCCACCACCAGACCCCUCUCACAAAACCCCUCCUUUACCCUGCCGAGUCUUGCCUCAAACCGCUCACACAAAUUGCUUUCAUUCCCAAGCUCGCAUACUCCCUCCUUUGCCCCCCUCUCUCGAACAUUCCACCGGAGCGCCCUGCUGCGAUCCCCUCAAAACCCGUCCUCUUCCGGAGGUCAAAACCUUGGAACGUCCUCUUCUGCGAAUCCCUCAUCUUCUGCAAGAAGUCUAGGGGGUGCCGCUCGGCAGCGGCUGGCGUCCGAAAGUGUCCGAAAGGCGUCAGCGGCGUCAAAGAACAUGCUGCUGUACUUGUGCGCGCUGACUGUGGCGAUGGUGGGGGCAACGUACUCGGCGGUGCCGCUGUAUCGCAUGUUCUGCCAGGCGACUGGCUUCGGAGGUACUGUUCAGAAGAGGGAGACUGUCGAGGAGAAGAUUGUUCGGCACGCCUCAGAGAAAAAGGCGGCGCCAGCACGCCAGAUCACCGUCCAGUUCAAUGCUGACGUGGCAGACGGAAUGCCCUGGAAGUUCACCCCCUGCCAGCGGGAGGUGAAGGUGGUCCCUGGUCAAAGCACGCUUGCGUUCUACACGGCGCACAACCUGAGUGACAAGGCGAUCACCGGGGUGUCAACGUACAACGUUAGCCCGAUGCGGGCCGGGAUCUACUUCAACAAGAUUCAGUGCUUCUGCUUUGAGGAGCAGCGGUUGCGGCCAGGCGAGAAAGUCGACAUGCCGGUCUUCUUUUACAUUGACCCGGAGUUUGCAGAGGAUGCGAAGAUGAAGGGAAUCAACCUUUUGACAUUGUCCUACACAUUUUUCAAAGUUGAGGAUGACUAACCAAUGCUAAGAUGCACGACUGUAUCUUGUCUGUCAAGAUCGUCAGAUAGGGGCACGUGACACGUUAUGGAGAUGUUAAUGGCCAACUGCCCCGCCUUGUCAUGUGAUUUGGCAAUGGUGUUGCACUGCUUGGGUCGCAUCAUGG